AUGUGCCCGCCGGAAAUCUUUAGCAACUUGGUCCGGAGGCGCACCAGUGGCCCGCUGAAGGGGGCGGCCAAGGACGAGCUAAAGGGAGGCGAGGUCUGCGCCUGCCCUUUCUCGGUGGGGAUGUCCCGAAGCAACGUCAGCAACGUAGCUUCCUCCUCGGCCGCCCACCUCCGCAGGCCGGAGCAGUCACGCCCGCUCUUUGCCGAGGACCAAUUCCUGGCCGUUUCCAAGGAGCUGAUCAGCCCUAGCGGGCGCCCCGACGCCUCCUGGCAGCUCCUCACCAACAUUCAGGGUCUCUGCAUCUACCGACUGUAUGACGAGAAAUCGGGGCUGUAUGAAUAUAAAAUCUACAGCAUACUUAAUGAUUGUUCCCCAGAGAUAUGUGCUGAAGUUUAUAUGGACUUAAACUACAGAACAAAAUGGGACCAAUAUGUUAAAAAUGUACGUGAGAAAACUCAGGAUGGCAAAACAGCUAUAUACUGGGAAGUGAAGUUCCCCUUCCCCUUGGCAAACAGAGAUUAUGUUUUUGUUCGCGAGCGUCAAGAUAUGGAGCUUGAUGGGCAGAAGAUCUAUGUUAUAUUGGCUAAAAGUGUGAAUACUGUUAAAUUCUCAGAAAAGCCUGGGAUUGUUAGAGUAAAGAAUUUUAGACAAGGUGUGGCCUUUGCAAGCGAUGGCAAGAAAGGGUGCAAAGUUUUCAUGACCUAUUUUGAUGAUCCUGGUGGAAGGCUUCCUUCAUGGGUUGUCAACUGGGCAGUUAAGACUGGAGUUCCCAACUUCUUGAAAGACAUGCAGAAAGCUUGCUACACUUAUUGUAAGAGAUAAAUGGCUCUUUGUAUUCAAUCUAAAGGACUGGUAGAUAUACUUUUCAAAAUUGGUCAUCAAUGUGGAUAU